AUGGAUCGUUGUUGUUUCUGCAUAAACCUAAAAGCUGGAGUCAUUAUCAUAUCUUUACUUGGAAUUGUUUUCGGGAUAUAUAAUGGUGCUGCUAACAUUGUUUAUUAUAUAAGAAACAAUAAGGCUUGGCGUAUUACCCAGUAG